AUGGCCGCUGCCGAGUCUCUGAACGUGAUCGCGCUGAUCUCAGGCGGCAAGGAUAGUUUCUUUUCAAUCUUGCAUUGUCUACAGAACGGGCACAGAGUUGUAGCCCUAGCGAACCUAUAUCCUUCUCCCUUACCCCUGGGCGAGAAAGGCGCGGGCGAGGAAGAGGAGGAUCUCAACAGCUUCAUGUUCCAGACCGUCGGCCACACGGUCAUCCCUCUAUACGAGCAAGCUCUCGGGAUCCCGCUGUAUCGGCAGCCGAUUGUCGGGGGCGCCGUGCACACGGGGACUAGUUAUAGCUGUUCACAGGACGAUGAGACCGAGUCCCUGGUGCCGCUCCUGCAAAGGGUCAUGAGUGCGCACCCGGAAGCAAACGCGCUCAGUACGGGAGCCAUCCUGUCGACGUACCAGCGCACGCGCGUCGAGUCGGUGGCGGGCCGGCUGGGCCUGAUCCCGCUGGCGUUCCUGUGGCAGUAUCCUGUGCUGCCGCCGCGCACGCAGACGGCGCUGCUGCAGGAUAUGCAGGCGGUGGGUCUGGAGGCGCGGAUUGUCAAGGUGGCGAGCGGCGGCCUGGAUGAGAGUUUCUUGUGGGAGGAUGUGGGGAGUGGGACGGUGGUGAGGAGGCUGGAGAGGGCUAUGAGGAGGUUUGGCUCGGAUGGGGAUGGGGCGGUGUUGGGGGAGGGAGGGGAGUUCGAGACGUUGGUGGUGGAUGGGCCGAGGGACUUGUUUAAGGGAAGGAUUGAGAUUCGGGAGGAGGAUCGGAGGGUUGUGAGAGAAGGCGGGGGAGCGGCGUGGUUGCGGUUUUUAGAUGCGAGGGUGGUGAUGAAGAGCUCCGAGGAGGAGAGUCCCCGGUUGGAUUGUCGUAUUCCGGAUCUGCUCGAGCCAAAAUUCGCAGGUAUCUUGGAGAACUUGGAAGCUUUUGGGAAAGACGAUGGAGGAGCUGGACUGGCAAGCUCGAUAGAUCUAUCCGCGCGGACGCCGUCGUACAGCCUCCAGUUGUCGGAUAUAUCGUCUCCUGGAGGAGGCGGGGACGGGUUUCUGUACUGGACUAUUGCGGCGGAGAGGAAGCAGACCACUCAGACGAUUUCUGAAGAGGCGGCUGAGAUCAUGGCAGAGGUUCGGCGGCGUUUGAGCCAGUUGUCCCUGGAGGCUAGUGAUAUCACAUCCACGAUGAUCAUUCUUCGCUCCAUGGAAGAUUUCGUCGCUGUCAACAAGGUCUACGGCGCUCUCUUCACCAAGCCAAAUCCUCCCGCAAGAGUGACCAUCUCCUGCGGUUUCGCCAUGCCACACGCCCUGAAUAUCAUCCUGCAUCUCAAAAUCCUCAACCCAUCAUCAUCCCCACCCCCAUCCCGCAGCGCUCUCCACGUCCAAUCCCGCUCCUACUGGGCCCCCGCCAACAUCGGGCCCUAUUCCCAAGCAACCUCCACCACCCUCUCUCCCGGCGCAACGCAAAUCUCCAUCGCAGGCCAGAUCCCCCUCCUCCCCUCCUCCAUGUCCCUUCCCGGCGCUUCUUCCUCCUCUCCACUUCAAGACUUCUCCCUCCAAGCCACCCUCGCCCUCCAACACCUCUUCCGCAUCGCCUUCGCUACAUCCACCCGCUGGCUCCCCGGCGCCAUCGCCUACCUCCCAGUAUCCACCUCCCUUCCCCCUCCUCCCCUCCUCGCCCGCCUCCUAUCCCGCACCUGGACGCUAGCGCACGAGGACCCAACACCGACUUCCUCCGCCCCGCCGUCUCCCACGCUCGAUCUCUGGGCCGAGAAACAUGACGCGGCCAUGCGGAGCCUGGGGAGAGAGGAGCGGCCUGGGUUUCCAGACCCUGGGGUUUGCGAGGGUGAGGUGGGUGCGGGACCGGUUUUUGUCGUCGUGGUGCAGGAGUUGCCGAGGGGAGCGAUGGUCGAGUGGCAUGCGCUGGGGGGUGUGGGUGGAGAGGGUUUGAAGCUCACCACAAGCAUCAUCUCAACAUCCAAUUUCCAAAUCCACAAAACGCAAAGCGCCUCCUCCUCCUCCUCCUCUCCCUCACACACCAUCAUAAUAAGCCUCCCAUACAACAGCAGCAGCAAUCCCUCCACACUCUCUCAAAACCUCUCUUUAGCACUCUCCCAAUACCAACCCGAAUCCCAAACCGAAGCCGGGCGAACACAGCAUCUCUUUAUCGACGUGGGGAUUUUAGAAGAGAUAGGAGAUGAUAUACGGAUGACUAUGUCGGGCUUCGUGCCGUGUUGGAGUAUCUGGAAUGCUGAGGGGGAGAGAUUAGGCGCUGUGCUGGUUUUUUUGUUGGAGGGGUAG